GCAGUCAGUCUAUAGCAAAUCAUGGAUCGGAAAAGACGUCUAGCAUUGCUCCUAUUACUACGUCACCGCCGAAAUCGACGCAAGAUCACAAGACGGUACUGGAUCAGUCCUUUCAUUUCAUUAAGAAAUCGUGAUGGACAGUUUUUUUUUUUAGAAUAUCGGGAGUUGCUAUUAGACGAAAAGAAGUUUUAUAAUUUUUUUAGAAUGAGUGUAUCCAGCUUCGAAUGUUUAUUGAAGUCCUUAGAACCACACAUACGAAAAAACUAUACUAAUAUGAGGAAUCCAGUGGAACCAGUAGAAAUGCUGGGAAUCACUUUAAGAUACCUAGGAAGUGGAAAUUCAAUAACUGAUUUACAUUUCAAAUUCAAACGGGGAAAAUCUACUAUUGCAUAUAUAAUACAAAGAGUUUGUCGUGCUAUAUGGACCAAUCUUCUUCGAGACAACAUCCCUGAACUGACAACUGAAAGUUUCCAAACAAUAGCGAGGGGUUUUGAUGUAAAGGCAAAUUUUCCUCAAUGUGUUGGUGCCAUCGACGGCAAACAUAUCCGCGUGUGUAAUCCUGCAAAUAGUGGCUCACUUUUUUUUAAUUAUAAAGCCUUUUUUUCGAUUGUGUUGCUAGCUAUUGUGGAUUCAAAUUACAAAUUCGUAUUUGUCGACAUCGGUGCAUACGGAAAAGAAUGCGAUUCAACCAUAUUACAAAAUUCUAAACUGUACGAGCUAAUGAUUAACAACAACUUACCACUACCUCAACCCCAGCCACUCUCUGGUAGCAAUAUACCAACCCCGUAUGUAUUUGUGGGUGACGAAGCUUUUGGACUGAGCAAACAUAUUAUGCGUCCAUAUGGCGGUCAAAAUCUCGACUUACAACAAAAGGUUUUCAAUUACCGUCUAAGCAGAGCCAGAAGAUAUGUCGAAUGCGCUUUUGGGAUUAUGGCUAACAAAUGGCGCAUUUUUCACAGACCGAUAGACGUGUCCUAUGACUUCGCUACUGACAUUAUAAAAGCAUGUUGUGUAUUACACAAUUUUGUCGCUGAUCGAGACGGUUUUAGACAAAGAGAUAAAUUUGCUAUAAGUGUUGAUGAAUUUCUCCCAAUACAACCCGUACAUGAAGAACAGACAGCACCGAAUGUCAUAAGACAGCAAUAUGCGACCUAUUUUAUGACUAGAGGAACUCUGCCUUGGCAGCUAAAUAAGGUAUAAUUGUAUUAUGAGGGUUUUCAAGAUUUUCUUGCACCGCCAAUUCCGCGAUCAGUAAAAAAAUAAUAUUUUAUACCUACUCAGCGUAGUCUAGGUUAGUUUUGAGCUAAGUAAUAAAAUAGUACUCACGCUAAUCUAAAUUCCCUAAGUUUUAAAAUUUUAGAGUGUCGAGAUAUUAAUUGAGUAGUCCACUUUCAAACCCCGUUAAGUUUAUGCAGCAAUUAAUUGAGAAAACUAAUUAAAAUGUUUAGACUUAAAAUUACGAUAUUAAGAUGCAUUUUUUUGUGUAUUACAUGAACUUAGUAGCACAUCGAAUUAAAUUAUGUUAGCAAAUAAAAUCACUCUUUCAUAAUAAUCAUUUAAUUUGCAUUUUAAAAUUAAACAUAGCUAGUUUUGCAAAAGAUUUUUUAACAUAGAUAGUUUUGCAGUUGUAUGCAAUCAACAUAGGCAGUUUUGAAAUAAUCAAAUAUAAGCUUCUAUUUUCCUCUACUCUUAAGAAAUUACAAUUUUUAUCUAUUAUUACACUCUUAAGUCUAUUUCUUCGUGUAUUAUGGUUUCUUCAUUAUCAGUCUCUUCUAUAACAGUCUCAUUUGGUUCUUCUUGAAGAAAAUUGUAAUAUUGUAAAUAAUCGUAAGAAGCCCAAUCUUCACCGAAAUGUUUUUUCAAAAGAUUUCGCACAUCAUUUAACUUUACUGGUUUUACUGGAACUCCAACAUUCAUCAUAACGGGCACAAUAUUUUCGAAUGAUUUGCCUCUUUUGCAAACGUUGCCAUAAUUUAUUACCUCAGAUACAUAAUUAGGUUCCCCUUUAAUGGCAAUUCUAUUAUUUUUAUCCUUUCUUAAAAAGAAUCUUUUAGAGGCAUUAAAUUGAAAGUGCCAAGAUCCAGGUAACUUAAGUACGUUUUUAACGCUUGAUUUCCAAUCAUAAAAAUGGAAGUCGCUGCCUAGUCUGAGAACCGUACCAUACUUUUUAAAAAUAUCAAAAUAUGUCUGGGGUUCCACAAUGACUUCUAAAGGACGUAUUUCUCUUUCGAUAUUUCCAAAUACA